AUGCUCCCACUCAUCCACUGGAUCCGACGGAACCGUCCGGUAUCCCUGAUUCUGGCCGCCGCGACUCUGGCGCUGGUUCAGGUGGUGCUGUGGCAAUUGCAUGAAGACGGGUUGGAUUCGGUACCCACUAUCAUGACGACUGCGGCCGAUCCGACCAUUGCGACGCUCAACUUCACCCCGCCCUUCCACACGGCAGGCCGGCAUAUUAUCGAUGCCCAGGGUGUCCCCAUCAAACUGGCCAGCAUCAACUGGUAUGGCGCCAGCGAUGCCGACUAUGUCCCGGGGGGACUGGACGUGCAGCAUCGGGAUGCCAUCGCAGCGCUCAUCCGAGAUCUCGGGUUCAACAGCGUGCGCUUGCCGUACGCAGAUGAGAUCGUCACAAACAACCCCGUCAUCAAUCCGGGUGUCAUCGCCGCAAACCAGGAUCUAUUCCAUAAUCCUGUAUUGCCCGGAGCUCCACUGCGGGCGCUAGAUGUCUUCCAUGAAGUUGUGGAGAGCCUCACGUCGGCCGGACUGCUGGUGAUUGUCAACAACCACAUCACGCAGGCGACGUGGUGCUGCGGAAUGAAUCCGUGCGAUCUAAGCUGGAAGAACGACUGGUUCGGCGGCGACAUUCUGUGCUCGGUACCGCAGAGCGAAGAGGGCUGGAUGCGGAACUGGGAGAUGGUGAUGUCUCCGCUGGUUUCCAACCCGCUGGUGAUGGGGGCAGACCUACGCAACGAGGUGCGCGGGCUUUGGGGCACGAUGCACUGGGACGAGUGGGCGGAUGCUGCAGAAAAGGCGUCGGAGCGACUGUUAGCACUGAACCCAGACUGGCUGAUGUUUGUGGAGGGGAUCUCGUCGGCGAACGAUCUCUCGGGGGCGAGGGCCCGUCCCGUGCAGCUCAGCCUGCCAGGGCGGGUGGUGUAUUCGGCGCAUGUGUACAAGUGGUCGGGAUGGGGCAGCUUGCGCCCUUUCUCAGGGCGGUCGUAUGAAGGCUUUGCAGCGACGAUGUGGAAGAACUGGGGGUAUUUGUUGGCAGAGGAGAUCGCGCCGGUGUGGGUGGGCGAGGUGGGCACACCGGACGCGCCCAGUAAAGGAGAUACUAACUACUGGCAUCACUUGGUGCGUUUCCUGCGAGAGGUGGAUACCAGUUGGGGGUAUUGGGCGCUGAAUGCCCGCAAAGCCACAGGCGAGUGGGAGAGCUAUGGGCUGGUCGGGGACGGCUGGGAUUGGGCGAGUGUGCGGAGGGAUUAUCGGCUGGCAGACUUGCAACGGCUCGGGCGAGAGGAAGGUCAAGCCCAUUAG